UGACAUUGAUUGAUAUCCUUACAUUUUGACAACAAAGAAAUUGUGAUUUUGUCUGUUGUGAUUAUUUUAUUUUAGAUUAUAAUUUUGAUUACGGUAAAGAAAUGUUAAAAUCAAGCGGCAUAGGAUCUCAGUCUCAUAGGCCUCUAUCAGGGCAGCUAUACAAGUAUACGAAUGUGGUGAAAGGCUGGCAACAACGAUGGUUUGCGGUGGAUCCAGAGACCGGAGUUCUUUCUUAUUAUCUUUACGAUGGACCUGGGGACACUAUACAACCUGGACAACCUGCUAGGGGAGAGGCACAUUUAGCAGCAGCAGUCAUUUGCCCUAGCGAUGAAGACUCUCGCACGUUCACAAUUAAUUGUGCCUCCGGAGACAUGCUCAAGUUGAGGGCUACAGAUGCUCGGGCGCGGCAGGAGUGGGUCAAUGGACUGCGGGCCAUUGCUGAAAUACACACUAAGGCAAUGGGAGCGAACCCGCCGUUGCAGCCGCGCGAGCAGCUCGCCGUCCACGACGCCAUGGCGGCCGCCAGGCAGCAACUGCAGGCGACUGAACUCAGUGACGCAGCUCUGGCCAGAUGCAUAGAGUCUGCAGAUUCACCUUUUCCACACACGGACCCAGAUUUACUGCUUUUAAAGGCGACGUCUGCGGCCAGCAUGCAAUGUCUCUUACAGUGUGCGGGCAUCCUGCACAGACAACAACAAUACGCCACUGUCAGCUUGAACAAGAUGGACGAUCAUUGAAUUAUAUAUAUUUAAAAACUCAAUGAAAUUCCCUUUGGUAUUAUCGCAAGGAGGCACUGACCUCUAUAAUGUACCCUGGACUAUACAUUGCCGAUGUUAAAUGGAGCUUUUCAGUUUCGCUUUAUUGGCUUGAGUGUCCAUAGAAAUGUAGUCCAUUUAUUACUUGUUGUGUAAAAUAUAUACAAGGCAUACACAACUGGUAACAAUCUUAAAGACUUAUUCUGAAUAUCUUUAAAUACAUUCAACAUUCUGAAUUAGAUUGAGAUUUCUUUACAUAUUUAAAUAAGGUUCAAUCUUGAUACGUAGUUUUGUUGAAAAAUACAUUUAUGAAUUACAUUUGCUAUUAAGCAUGACUUUUGAAAUGUAGGAAUUGUUCAACAAAAAAGACAUAAAAAUCGAGAUUGUUUACCUUUAUUUAACACUUGCCUUAAAAAAUAGUUUAAUACUGAAAUUCCUAUUGUUGCACUUUUAAUAUGUCUUUUGCUCUACAAUGUACUCUGUUGGCUAUGUAACCAAGACCACGUACGUAUUGAUUUUCGCCAUUUUGGUGCUGACUGAGCUGAUAUUGGAUCCUCUACUACAAUCCAGAUCGUUCCAAUUUCACAAACGGUAGUUUUUCCAAAUGGGAGACCAUUUGGAAAUUCUUAAUCUGUAAACUUAUUUUCUCAUCAGUUUUCUUGUCCUUACGGUUUACAUUCUCAAGCUUUCUAACGGAGGAAAAAAAACUACCUUUGUGGCAUUUUGUAUAGAAUAUGAAUAGUCCAGCGUACUUUUGUUAUUCAUGUCAGUGCUUUUCGCCAAAAAGGCAUAUCUUCAUAUACUUAAGAUAGUUGACUCUUAUUAUGUGAACUACUUGAAACUAAAAUGUGAUCUCUUCAUAUUUAUGCAUUUUUUUUUAUUUUCGUAUAAGUAAGUAAUAAAGAUAAUUAUAAAAUUUAUAUUAUAGAACCUUGAAUACCGCAAUUUUUUGAUGAAUGAUAUGAAAGAAAUUUGGUUCUACAAAACUUUUCACAUAGGUAAUUUAAGUAUAUUAAAUUUCGAUACAAAUUUCUGAGGAUCACGGUAAUUUAAAAGAAUGCGAUAAUUACGUAGUUUGUCCAUUAUCAAAACCUAGUUUAAUGAAGUAAUGAUGGUAGAUUUUUUUAUGUAUAUAAUUUAUCGUAGUAUUUUAUUUGUUGUUAUUGUAUGAAAAGUUACUUUAAAAAAAGGUAUAAUAAUUUGUAAUCAACGAAUAAAUUUUAUCAACAUAUAUGUAUAUGAACGGCCGGUAACUGAAUUCCCGCCAAAAAUUGUAAUUGUACCGUACAGUUUGUGGCACGAAAGUUGACAUAUUUGUUAUUUACAUCAGGAGUUCACUUCCACGGUAGGUAUAGCAGGUUUUUAGUAAUAGAAGUUGAGUAAGGUUCCGCCAUUGUCAACUUUUACUCCGAAAAUAAUGUAAAUAUCUACCUAUGUAUUGUUAAAUAUUUUAUAUUUAAUCUAUAAAGUUUCAAAUCAAUUCUUGACCACAUAGAAAAUAAAAAAUUA